AUGACCGAAUCAGCCCCAGCACCGGAGGACGCCGCGGCCGCCCGCGCAGCCGAGCAGGCGCGCCUGCGCAAGGAGCGCCGCGAGGCCAAGAUCAAGGCCGGCGGAGCGGCGCGCCUCAACAAGAUUACGGGCCUAGGCGGCCGAGAGCCAGAGCCCACAGCCGCAGCCCAGCCGGCAUCGCAAACACCCCCACCCCAAGCUACACCACGGCCCCCCAAGCCCGCCAGCAGCAGCCACGAUGACCCGGAGGAGGUCGACAUAUCACAGCACUACUACGCCCCGCGCACGGCAGCAGGCCGACCCCAGGGCGGCGCCGGCGAGCCCGCGCUCUCGGAGGCCCAGCUGCGGCAGAUGAUGCUCGGCCUCGACCGACCAGGUGCCACGCCCCCCGGCCGGAACCCCUUCUUCGACCCCAGCGCCGGCGGCGGCGGUGCCCCCGGCGACGCCGCCAUGCCGCCCGGGAUGGAGGGCCUGGCGAACGACCCGAUGAUGCAGAUGAUGCAGCAGAUGAUGGGCGGCGGCGCGGGCGGCGGGCCGGGGGCCAACCCGUUCGCAGGCACGGGCAUGGAGAGCCUGUUCGCCGGGAUGGCGGGCGGCGCCGGGCCCGAGGGCGCGCAGGCGCAGACGCAGGCGGCCGUGACGGACAAGUCGGCCAACGUGUGGCGGAUCCUGCACGCCGUGUUCGCGCUGGGGCUGGGGCUGUACAUCGCGCUGUCGACGACGUUCGCGGGGACGCGGGCGGAGCGGGACUUUGGGUCGUCGCUGACCAAGGGCGGGGACGCCGGGGCCGAGGACCCGGCGGCCAUGAUCAGCCUGGAGCGGAAGCGCGCCUACUUCUUCUACGUCUUCACGUCCAUCGAGGCCGUGCUGCUGACGACGCGGUACUUCCUCGACAAGCGCCGCGCCCCGCCCACGGGCAUCGUCUGGACCGUCAGCGGGUUCCUGCCGGGCCGCCUCGGCAGCGGCGUCCGCCACGCCCUGCGCUACGGCGAGAUCUUCAGCACGGUGCGCAGCGACGCCCUGGUGUGCGUGUUCGUGCUGGGCGUGUGCUGCUGGCUGAGGUCAUGA